AACGUCCGUCUUCUAACUAAAAUGGAGUCGUGCCUCGCGCAAGGAUGCACAGGAGCGACAGAAGGCGCACUAGGUUCACUGUUCCUGCAGCUGAUCCAGACGCUGAUGUCGGCUCGGUGUUCUUUGAACAAGGAUCCGUAUCCGGCGGAUCAAACGACUUAUAUCCUGUCCAAAGCAUCAGAGCCUAUCCAUUAUGACUUCAUAAUCGUUGGGGGAGGAAGCGCGGGUUCCGUAGCAGCAAGGCGGCUUUCUGAAGUCGGCGAAUGGUCAGUGCUGCUAGUAGAGGCUGGGGAAAACCCUUCGGCUAGCACCGACGUCCCAGCACUGGUGAUGGACCUGCUCGGGAUCCCGGAGGACUGGGAGAACGAGUUGGAAGCACAAGCCGGGGCCUGUCUGAGCAUGAAAAACGGUCGAUGCUCGUGGCAUAGGGGAAAAGCGCUAGGUGGAAGCUCGACGAUAAGCGCAAUGUUAUAUCUGACCGGAAACAAGCGGGACUUCGAUGCCUGGGCCACGGCUGGAAACGAGGGCUGGUCGCACGACGAGGUCUUGCCGUACUUCAAGAAGUCCCAGCAAAUGCCACCGGAUGUCCCUUGGUCGAGCAGGUUCUUCGGCCAAGAUGGGCCUCUACUCAUCAGGAACUUCAACUUUUCCGAAAGCGCUAUUCAGGAUCUGCUGCUCCAGGCUGUCCAGCAACUCGGCCUUCCCACUCCCGACGUUUUCAACGGUCCUCACUUUACCGGCUUCGCCAAAGCCCACGGGACUCUGGCGGACGGAAAAAGGGUGAACACCGCGAAGGCCUAUCUCGGACCCAUCAAGGAUAGAACAAACCUCCAUGUAGUCAAAGGAGCGCAUGUCGACAGAAUCGUUCUAGAGAAUGAUCAGGCGACUGGGGUUGAGGUGACGUUAAAGAAUGGUCAGAAGGUCACUGUCCAGGCCAAGAAAGAGGUCAUCAUUUCAGCUGGAAGCAUCGGGACUCCACAGCUCCUUAUGGUAUCUGGAAUUGGGCCUCGAGAACACCUCAAAGAGAUGGGAAUCAAGGUGGAGGUGGAUCUGCCGGUAGGGCAGAACUUGCAAGACCACGUGACCUGGCUGGGGUUGGGAAUCAGCUACAAUAACGAUACGAAUUUGCCGAGACCGAUGAAGCUGCUGGAUGCGGCUUACGAGUACCUGAUGCACGGCAGGGGGGAAUUGUCGACGGUUGGGGGCGUCGACAUCGUCGGUUUCAUCGACGUGCUGAACUGGGCGUCAGUUUACCCGAGCGUCCAGUUUCACGGGAUGUACCUGCCAAGACACGACCUUAGCAGGGCGGAAUUUUUCGCAAAGGCGUUUGGUCUGAACGACGAAAUUCGGCGAGAGGUGGUCGAGCAAGCGAAGCAACGCGACACUCUGCAGCUUCUGACGACGCUACUGAACCCAAAGAGCGUCGGUGAGGUCAGGCUGCGCAGCUCCGAGCCGGGCGAUUCGGUCAGGAUUUUUGCAAACUACUUCGCCGAGCAAAGUGACAUCGAUCUGUUAGUUAAGAGCGUCGAGUUUGUCAAGGCACUCGAGGAUACACCGGUCUUCAAGGAACAUAACAUCAAGUUUUAUCACACGAAGGUGCCAACUUGCGCCGAUUACCAACCUGAGACGAAGGAGUACUGGGAAUGCAGUGUGAGGCAUAUUUCGGGAACGAUUCAUCACCCCGUAGGAACUGCCAGGAUGGGACCUAGUAAUGAUCAGCGAUCUGUUGUCGAUCCUUGGCUCAGAGUUCAUGGGGUUCAGAAUCUUCGGGUUAUAGAUGCUUCUGUUAUGCCCACUAUCACCAGUGGCAAUACCAACGCACCGACGAUCAUGAUUGCUGAGAAGGCUUCUGACUUCAUAAAGGAACGAUGGAUGGCCAAGGACGAAUUGUGAUGCCGUCGUUAGGGCCGAUCGGUGUUAGAAGAUACACUUUUACCGUUCUUUAUUAUGUUCUUUUUAUCGAUAACGUUGAUUAUUCUUCAUCCAAAUCUAUAUAUACAUAUAUAUAUAU